AUGGGCCAGCACGUCAUCUGGCCUGCCACCACCAAUAUCGACGUCCUGGAGCUGUUCCUCUUCUUGCGCGGAGACCAGAUCGAAUUCCCUGACAAGGAGGACAACUCAAGCGACGCAUCUGGCAUAAAGAAGAUCAUGAAUAUUGCAGCCGAGAAUGAAGGGGAUGGAGCUGCAGUGUUGCAAGUGCUCCUUGACCGAUACGGAGACCAGAUUUCUAUCACUGGCAUGGAAAAGAUCGUCAAGACUGCAGACGCCAACACAGCAGAAGUCAUGAACGUACUUCUUGACCGAUACGGAGAGCAAAUCUCCAUGGCUGAGUUGGGAGAGACCGUCAAGAUCGCAGCCGGUAAGAGACCUGGACCCUUGAAAGUACUCCUUGACCGCUAUGGGGACCAGAUCGAUUUGACCGAAGAAGUCGCCAAAGCUGCAACUUUGAGCGGUACCUGGAGAGUUGAACUGUCAACAGUUCUUAUUCGAGCCGCUCUGGACAGAGAGGGGAAUUAUGAAGAGUUCAUAAGGCUGCUUCUUGAGACCAACAGCCGCCCUACUGGAUUCCGGAACAUAUUCAGCUGGGAAAUGCUUUUGUAUGCUAUGCAUUGCGGGGACAAUGAAAUUUGCAACCUGCUUCUGGAAAUAGGUCGGAUCGAUGAUGAUUUGAAAGACAUCGAACAAGGACGCGUCUGGACACCUCUCUUCUACGCUAUCCGUCAAAGGAACCAGGAAGUUGUGAAGGUGCUUGUCGACAAUGGCAAAGUCAAUAUCAAGAAUGUCGAGGCAGAGUUUAACGGACGAGAAGCAUUAUCAUGGGCCGCAGAAGAAGGGCUCGUGAAGACUGUGGAGCAAUUACUCAGGAUAGAAGGAAUCCAGAUCGACUCGAGAGACUUCGACAAGCGGACACCUCUUCAUUGGGCUGCCAAAGAAGGAAAAGAUCAAGUUGUGAAAGGUCUUCUCGACACGGGCAAGGUCGACGUCAAUGCCAAGGAUGAUGCGGGCGAAACGGCCUUUUCGCAGGCAAGCAGGGGAAAAUAUCAGGUCAUCCUGCAACUACUUGGCGCCACGGGCAAGCUGAAUGCCAACUCUGAGCAGUUUUGA